AUGGGAAGUGAGGAAGAAAAGCUUUCUAAGAAGAAAAAAGUGAAUCUCUCCAACGGGAAGACCAACGUAAGCAAUAAGAAGAAGAAAAAAGUGGGCGCGUUCAUCUUACAGGCCUCGUUGAAGAAUAUGAGAUACUAUCAGUAUCUUGAGCGACAAACGGAGUACUCUUCUGGGUGCCCCAGUGUGGAAGUUCUACGCCAGCGACUUCGCUCUCUGCUGAAUAAGGUGGCUUUUCCGCUUCCGUGCGCGCUGUUUAAAAAAAUUGUCGAGGUCUUAUAUUACGCAACCUCCACUUCGGGUUCGGACACAAGUUCUGCGAUCACUUCUAGCAGGCAUGACGACAGCGCAGUAGUCGGCUACAGCUGUAUGGAGUCGACGUUUAGAUCGGUUGGUGUAGCUCGUUUGAUUCUUCACCAAGCCUUAGAGGAUCCGGGAGGGAGAUUCGUUGAUGCUCAGGCUGAUUUGUUGUGUCACUUGGACGAAUAUAAUAGAUGUCAUCUGGACGAACAUCGUAAAAGCCUCUCGGUGUCGAAGAUUGAGACGGCGGAAGAUAAAGGCGGCAAGGCAUCGACGGUCAUGGAAUUGAUUACCCCUAUCGUCGUCGACUGUAUCCAUGGACUACUGAGUACACUGCGUGGAACUUCUGCGCCUUCGGGAAUAGAGCUGGACGGACGAAGAGAUCAUCUGGAGCGUGUUGUCAUGCCACCUAAUUGGAUGGAGGAGCAUUGGGAUCCUGCACAAGAUGCACAAAGCAAACCGCGCGCGUUUCGACAGCUCAAACGAAUCACACAACUCGUAGCAAGACUUGUUGCUAGAGUACGCAUUAGUGCAGAGACAUUCCAUAAAGACUUUGCUGCAGUUUUCGUCAAGGAGAUUUUGCCGCACGAAGAGGGUAACGAUGCGGGCAACCCGACAGCAGCACUCCCGUCUGCGUUAGCAGUAGAUGUCUUGAUAGAAUUUUUUUCCAAACUGUGUCUGGCGUCAGGACAAAUGCUAAAGGACGACGCUGCACACGCGCUUCAGGAGGAAAAUAGAAUUAAACUCCUUGCAAAGGAAAGAGAACUAGAGGAUGAAAGCAAGUACGACAUGAUUGAACGGUAAAAAGUUGAAAUUUUACUGCGAGACGGCUAAGCAGGUCCGAGAUACGAUGAAGCUUCGGCAUUCUGUCCCUUCUGGAGACGUGGCAGAGCAGACGAGGUUGCUGAAAUUGAGUACCGCCAUGGCUUUACUAGCAGAGCGAAUUCGGAGAGUGCAGAGAUUGAAUGCGAAGACGAAGAAAUAUUCAAACAGAAUCCGCCUGAAAAUGGAGAUGGCUUUGGAGGAAUUUAACGCCCUUUGGGGAAAUUCAAUCUCCUUUUAGGAUUAUUUCCCUCCUCUGGAGGCGCAGGGUCAGGUGCGGCGCUCGCAAGGUGCUGGCAGGGCCGCUGAUGCUGCUGAGGCCACUCAUUUUCAAAAGUUUGUUUUUUCUUUUCUAAGAUCUUGGCGAACAAUGGCAUUGAGGCGAUGACGAUGAUGAUGGAUGAAGGAAGAUUUUUUGUCGAAGACAACUAGUA